UAGUCCAAUAAUUUCUAUACACAAAAUUAUGUCGACUGCAGCUCACCUAUCGCAACAAUUGCAACAAGACUUGCAAAAUGAACUGACAACAGCUAACCAACUAUUACAUUUAAUUUCUAUUGAAUUACAACAAAUCAAACAUUUCACAAGAAUAAAUGGUGAAUUUGAAGAAAACAUAAAGCAGAAUUCAUCUUUAGUGAUGACUUUAGCAAAUUUGCAGCAAGUGGAUGUAGAGAAUCUGCCACCAGUGACACAUAAACAAAUUGAUAUGAGCAGAAAUACAAAUAAUGUUACAUAUGAACAACAUGAAACUUUCAGAAAUAGCUCUGGAAUGGAUGACAGUCAGUAACAAAUAGUAGUGUAGUAUAAUAAAAAAAAUGCUCGCAAAUCUUAUAUUCCCACUAUCUGGCACAAUUCUAUAUUUUAUGUAUAAUUUUUAUGUGUGACUAUCUACCUCAUAAGGUAUUAGAAGUUAAGACAAGUAGAUAUGAUGCUUCAAUACUACUAAAUAUUAAAUUUACUACUCUAAUUUCAUAAUACCUAUUAUUUGGCAACAUGUUUAUAUUGUGAAAUAAUAAUAAAAGAUAAUUUUUAUGUAAAAUUUUAUUCAAUAUCCUUAACUAAUAUUAACAUCACAUAACUUUACUAAACAUACUACAUAACUAAAGUACUUUAUUAAACAUAAUAUAUAUUUAAGGCAAUUAAUUUACUAAAAUAUAUAUCUUUAUAAUAAUUUUCUAGAAUAGUCCAUAUUUAUAUAAUAGUGAGAUAUUUCAUUUUUAAAGGAACUUUCCUCAUUUUCAAUAAUCAAAGUAGCUUAAUGUAGUUUCGGCAUAUAUUAUACAUGAUUAUAUUAUUUUUUAAAAUUAGAUACAUUACAUUUACUAUAAUUUGUCAUGUUAUAAAACCUAGACUGGAUUGUCCAUUAAAAAAUAUGGGCUUUUCAAUGUUCUUCCCUUACAAUACCUUUUAUUACUAUAUGAUCAGUAGUGUAGAAAGCAAAAUUAAUUUAUUUCAAUAAUUAAUAACAGUAAGACAUUCUAUAUAACAUUUAGUGUAAAUUUACUGUUGACUGUUGUGUCCUGACACAAAAUAUUGCAGAUUUUUUUCAAAUUCUUUAUUUGUAAGUAACGCCUUUGCUACAUAUGUACUACAUAUGUAGCAAAGGCCUUAAAAUAAAUAACAUGGUUCUCCGAUUUAAUCACAUAUCUAUAAAAGUCCAUGCUCGUGAAAUGGUGUCAUUUCAUGUAGCAUUGUUUUUAAACAUAUCAUGAAGAGUAAACUAUACUCCAUAAUGACACCAUGAAAUAAACUAUUACUCUGCGCGUAUGUAUGGUCAAAUGACCACCGCAAUUUCAUAACUCGACCAUAAUUUGUCUAUGAUGCUAAAAUUCCUUAUUCAGCAUAUUUAUCGU